GAUGUAAACAUUGCAGUCAUUUGAUGGCGCGUGGCACUCUGUUAGUUUUUACCUAUUUUUCUAAGCGAUGAGUAAACCGAUGGAUAUCGAGGAGUUGUUAGAGCGUGACACAGUUUGUUAUGAGUGGUUUGGAUCACAUAAGUCACAACAAACGUAUUUUAGUGACAAGUCUGAGGAUAAGUUAAAAUUGAGAGUCAAAACUGAAAAGAAAGGCAUCCGGUGUCAGUGGACUUCACUAAUCAGUUUCUUUAGACUAGUUUUUCUUCCCCAAGGUUUUCCACACAGUGUCAGCUGUGACUACAUACACUACCAAAUAUGGGAUACAAUACAGGCAUUUGCGAGCAGUAUAUCCAGCACGCUUGCCACCCAAUCCGUCCUGAAGGGUGUUGGGGUCGGAGACGAUACGGCCACAGCGAUGGGAGCAACCAUUACCUGGCUACUGAAAGAUGGAACAAGUAUGGUUGGCAGAAUUAUGUUUGCAUGGCUGAGAGGGUCUUCUCUUGACUCUGACUGUAAACGAUGGAGGCUAUUUGCUGAUUACAUGAACGACACAGCGAUAUGUUUGGAGUUGAUAGCGUCCAUGGUUUCCAAGAGCUUUUUUCGACUCAUCGUCUGUGUGUCCGGAUUGUGUAGGGCUCUCGUGAGUGUGGCAGGGGGAGCCACCAGGGCCGCCCUGACGCAGCACCAGGCGAGGCGAAACAACAUGGCCGACGUGUCGGCUAAAGAUGGCAGCCAGGAGACGUUGGUCAACCUCGCAGCCUUGCUUGUCAGCUUCGUCAUGAUCCCACUCGUCUCCGAAAACCAGCCGUUGAUAUGGCUUCUAUUCACGCUGUGCACAAUCCUGCAUCUCUACGCUAACUACAGGGCCGUGACGGCCGUCGUCAUGGAGACGCCCAAUCAGGCGCGGUACCAGGCGGUGCUCCGUCGUUACCUCUCCCAUCGCGAGAUGCUUUCCGUGCAGGAGGCGAAUUUGCAGGAGUCCGUUCUAUUCCCCGUGGCAAGGCCGUUUCCCUUGCAUCUGGGAGUCUCUGUCAGCCAGGCCGUUAGCAGGUUGGUGAAUAAUCAUCAUUGCUGUACUAGUGAUUCUCUGGACAUAGUCCUGCAUGAGGCGUCAACGUCGCGAGAUCAGCUGGAAGCCCUGUUCCAAGCCGAGGUUGUCUACUUCAUGCUGGCCUGCAUCAAGACGCGUCAUCACACGUGUGCAUGGAAGACGCUGUCCAGCGCUCUCGACAAACACGCAGACGGAAUGCACGCAGGCGAACUUGUCAGCAUGAGUCGGCGUUUCACGAAGGAGAACUUUCCCGGAUUUCUGGCGGAGUUCCAACGCGCCGGAUAUUCGAGCGACGUCGUUCAACUGGGCUCCGACGAGUGGCGGGCGAACUGGAGCGCGUGCGUGUCGUAGCGACGGCGUCGGUGCGAGGUAGGGGGCGCCGCGUCCUACCGACGGCUUGUAAUGUCGUGAGGGGCGCGGCGCAGACGCGGCGCACCCUGUGGGGAGAUGCGAGAGUCGGUGCCGGGACGGCGCGUUAGCCAGCGGUAGACGCGAGUUGGCACACGGCGCGUAACGUCGCGUCGUCGUCGGUGACUCUACGUGCGCGUCAGAUGACACGAGUGAUCCGUAAGUGCACCGAAAACAUUCAGGUUUCAUUUUCUGUAGAAUUGCGUGUAACUUCAUUAUAAACUGAGGAGGUACUUGGGGUUAACCCAACAGCACGUUGAGUUAUAUGUGUGGGUGUGU